AGUGCCCGGCCACUUGCCUAAUUUGGUGAAUACCACUAUUAUUUCCUCGUUGUCAGGUACUCGGUAGAUCAUAACAAUUACAUUGACAGUUAUCAUCAUUAGUGCUCUUUACGUUUUUACGGCAUAGUGGUAGAAACAGUAGUUAGGAAAUUGGCGUGUGAUGAGUUAUGUCAUUGGAUUGGUAAUAUGGCUGUAGAGCUAAUGAAUGUUUGUUGUUAUUAUUAAAGAAAAGUCAGAGUUAUUCAAAAAAAUUGCAACUCGUCUUGCUGUGGGGAACAUAUAACGUACCUUUGCUGCAAGAGUGUCACAAGAAUUAUUUUUUUUGAGUUAAAUAAGACCGCCACACCUCUUCUUAUAUGUUGUGUAAAAAUUUCAUAGCUGUAUCGAUUAACAAUAUGUACCUACCCUAUUAGUAGAAAAGAUGUCUUCAUUUUUAGCAUGGGAGCAUAUGUGACCUUAAACUUUAAGACCGUUUUUCUCGAGUUUUUUAUUUAUUGGAUUAUGACACUCUUGCAGUAAAGGUAUCAUAUGGACAUAUGUAGGUAAAUACAUACAUAUAUUUACAUACGUUUCAAAAAAAUUGGCCGAGUCCCCAAUUUGAAGAUUAGUUUCGUAUUUUUCUUCCUAUAAGCAGUUAGCAUUGCAAGAGUGGUUUACCCAACAGCGAAUCGUCCUGAUCUAAUUCUUAUUACUUAUACUUAGUUCGUCUGUGACAGUAUUCCCCUAUUCGUUUGAAGCCUUUGAGGUUCCCCUACACCAAAGCGUUCCGUGCGCCUUUGUUGUUGCUGUGCCGCUCCACCGCGGUCACCUCUUCAAUCAUUGCAUUCACUGUCGCCGCCAUCCACGCUAUGAACGUGUCAAAUUAUCCGCCAGCUGCAUCUGUUAUUUGGCGCGAAGCUACCCGUCGUCGCAACUGAAGCUGCCGGUGAGUUCUGCUUACUGUCUGUGUUUUGCCCCUCAUCGCCUGAGACUACAUGAACAGCAACAAUCAUCAUCAUUAUCAUCAUCACGUUUUCUUUUUGUUCUUCGCGUCGCGGCGGCUGAUACUCCAGUUUUUCGUUGUGCGUGUGUAUAUAUGGAAGUGUAUAAGAACGGUGACGUGCUGAAUAUGUGCUUGUUUGUUCGCACCAUCUUGCUAUUUGCCAUCCGCAAAACCGUGGAUGAAUGUUGUCCUCGCUCGCCAACCGCUGGCUGUUUGAGUGUGUGACCAGCCGACAUAAUUUGCAAUGCUUUGCAAAGCCUCCGCUGUCGUCGCACGCCUGUCCGUACAAUCGGCAGACAGCUAGCGGUUCAGCCGACCUAAGCGGCUUUGGUUCCCCUGCCGCGUUGUCAGCAUUUCGCUUUUAUAUAGUCGACUUGUGUGUGCCUUUCUGCUCACUUGCCGCGUUUACUAUGUACUACUACGCCUUGUCUUGCUUCAUUGCCUUUGGUAUUGUCCUUCUUCCAGUGUUUCGCUUGUAGGUGAGGCUUUUUUAUUUCUACUUGAUUUUGUUUUUGAAAAAUCGCUGUCGACGUUUUGCUUUGAAUUCGUACGCAGUGCCGGCGGCUGUGGUAUAUGCACUUAGCAGUCACAAGUUGUAGCCUUCGCUAGUUGUUCAUCAGUGGCAUCGCUACGCUCACUAGCUCACUGCUCACUCAUGCACUUUGCUCUGCUCCGCCCCACGCCACUUUAUUCAAUCGAUCCUAUUCCGUUUUGCCAUUCACAGCAUUCUGGCACGCUACAUCUACGAGCAGAGAGGCAGUUAGGCAGCUAAGCAAUCAGUCGGAAAUGAACGUUUCAAUCAGUCAGCAGUAACGAACGAAUCGGCGCGCGCGUCUUCUCUUACUAGCUGUUAUAACGCUUAACCAACGCUUUUUUUACUCCGUGUGCAGGUUACUGAGACAUUUAAAUUAAAAUUUAAAACUGGCGGCACAAAACAUCCCUCUACUAAUGGCACCGAAGAAGUCGACAAUCGUCCUCAACGUGGAGCAAUUUAUACGAGACGUCCAGGAACGGCCAGCCAUUUGGAAUCGCAACUUCCACUGCAACAAAGCAUUUCUGGAACAAAUGUGGGAUGAGCUGUCCGCAGCACAUAAAUUGCCCAGUGAAGUUUACGUAUUAGAUGAUGGCGGCGAAGUCGAUUUGGAUUUGGGAAAUUAUGAGCGAUUUCUGGACAUAACUUUGCACCGUGACAACAAUAUAACAACUGGUAAGAUCUACCAAAAAGUUAUUGAGAAAGAACGGACCGGUGAAUAUUUGGGUAAAACUGUGCAAGUUGUACCUCACAUUACUGAUUCCAUUCAGGAGUGGGUAGCUCGGGUAGCACAACGCCCAGUACAAGGAAAUUCACAGCCGCAAGUGUGUAUUGUCGAAUUGGGUGGCACGAUUGGUGACAUUGAGGGUAUGCCUUUCGUUGAGGCCUUUCGCCAAUUCCAAUUUCGUGUGAAACGUGAAAAUUUUUGCGUCGCACAUGUCUCGCUUGUGCCAUCGCCACGUUCCACCGGUGAACCGAAAACAAAGCCCACCCAGAGCUCUGUGCGUGAAUUGCGCGGCUUCGGCUUGAGUCCUGAUUUGAUUGUUUGCCGCUCGGAGAAGCCAAUUGGACUGGAAGUGAAGGAAAAAAUUAGUAAUUUCUGUCAUGUUGCUCCCGAUCAAGUUAUAUGCAUACACGAUCUGAGCUCAAUUUAUCAUGUGCCGCUCUUGAUGGAACAGAACGGAGUGAUAGAGUUUCUCAAUGAGCGUCUGCAGUUGAACAUCGAGGCAGCAAAGCGCGAGAAAUGCUUACAGCAAUGGAAAGACCUGGCACGCCGCUCCGAGACUCUCCGUGAAGAAGUGAACAUUGCCAUAGUCGGUAAAUAUACACGCCUGGAAGACUCCUAUGCAUCAGUGGUGAAGGCACUUCAACAUGCAUCUCUAGCUGCGGGUUUUAAAUUGAAUUUAAAGUUCAUUGAGGCUUGCCACCUGGAGAGUGGGACGCGGGACAAAGACCCUACCAAAUACCAUGAGGCUUGGAUGCAACUUUGUGAUAGUGAUGGUGUUGUGGUGCCAGGUGGAUUUGGUUCGCGUGGCAUGGAAGGAAAAAUUGUUGCAUGCAAUUGGUGCCGUGAAAAACAAAAGCCAAUGCUAGGUAUUUGCCUAGGCCUCCAAGCAGCCGUUAUUGAAUUCGCACGCAAUGUGCUCGGUCUAAAGGAUGCUAAUACUACAGAAAUUGAUCCGAAAACCGGUAAUCCGCUAGUAAUUGAUAUGCCAGAGCAUCACACUGGCCAAAUGGGUGGAACUAUGCGUCUAGGUAGACGUACAACCAUUUUCUCUGAUGAGAAUAGCGUUAUCAAAAUGCUUUACGGAAACCCGAAAACAGUCGAUGAACGACACCGCCAUCGGUAUGAAGUAAAUCCUAAGUAUGUGUCCACAUUGGAGGAACACGGCAUGCGCUUUGUGGGCUAUGAUGACGAGAAAAGACGUAUGGAGAUUGUUGAGCUGCGUGAUCAUCCAUAUUUCGUUGCUACACAGUAUCAUCCAGAAUACUUGUCACGGCCACUUAAACCCUCUCCACCAUUCCUUGGCUUAAUAUUGGCGUCGAAGAAGCGUUUAACCAGCUAUUUGGCGCGUGGCUGUCGUCUAUCGCCACGCCAGCUUUCCGAUGCCUCAUCUGACGAGGAUAUAUCUGCUGAGGAAUGUGAAAGACUCGUAAACGCUGUUAAGCCAUUGCAGUUAAAUGGACAUUUAUCGCCUGCAAAUCCUACGCGUCUUCAGAAUGGUCGCUCUAAGAAUUUUCAGUCGAAUAUCGAGGGGAAAACCGUAGUGGACACUGGACUGAAUGGUGAAAAACCAAAUGGGGAUAUUAAAAUAAACUCAACAACGGAAAACGAGGGCAAUGGAGAUGCACAUUAAAUACCAAUAAGGCCGGACUUCCCUGAAAUACUUUGAAUUAGAUAGUGAAACUUUAAAUGGUGAAUUAUAUUAGAUUUUUUUCUAUUAGAGCACAUCGUCACCUGAAAUGGAAAAAGACGUAACAACAUCGUAACUGAAAUGGAAAAAGUCGUGACUUAAAUUUUUUUUUUUAUUAAAUGAUGGAGUUUUAAUUCGAUGAAAUCCAUCAUAUUUAUCAAAAACUGAAUUUUGGAUUUUUUAUUAGCUACGACAUUUUGAAUUUCAGCGACGAUGUUUGUUAUGUCUUCUUGCAUUUCAGGUGACGAUAUUCAAUUUCUUAUAUACUAUAGUUAUAUACAUACAUAUUCUUCGAAAUGUCAAAUUAUUUUUAUUUGAUUUAGUAGUACAUAUUCAAUUAAACACUAAAAUACUUAGCACUCCGCAACACAUUUGCGUGCGUUUAUUUAUUUUGUUUUCCUGGUGUGAGUGUAUUGUGGUGGGAUAAUUUAUUCAAAAUUGUUUAUCUAUCUAGGCACUUGCUCUCUCCAUUUUUUUUUGGAUGCGAACUGUCAAAUCGCUUCUAGUGCAAUAAUUAGUCACUGCCACUUAAAACGCUCACACUAGUGAGCAAAAUAACGCCCUCAAAUAUAUUUUUAAAUUGUAAGUAUCCUUUGAAUAUUUGAUUAAAUGCUGACAAUUCUCAAAUACUGAUCUUAUUUGUAAACUGUCUACAUACUAACAUAUGUACAAGAAUUACAACUUAUAUUUAUAUGCCUAAUUUUGUAGUUAAUAUAAUUAGCGUUCAUUUAUAUGCAUUAUUGUCUGGGCAUGGACCAUCUAACUUGAUUUGAACUCUUAAGCAGGGCUAUUUUUUUGUUGUGAAGCUCAGCUCAGUCUUUAAUAUUAUUUCUGCUUAUUGUACAUACAUAACAAUUGUUUCAUUUUGCAUAUAAUACGAGUUUUCAGAUAAACAGUACACAUAUUUUUUGUAGCUAAUGUGUCGUUCGAUAUUCGAAAGUACAAAUGUUUAUCUCAGAAAUCUACUUCGACUGUUUAAAAUUUAAAAUGCAAUAAAUUGCUUUCAAACUGUUAUUUGUAGUAAAUUUAGUUAGGCUGUAUGGUCGCAAUCGUUUAAUUAUAUUAAUUUUGAUUAUUAAAUAUUUUAUUUUAGUUCCUAUUAAUGCAUAUCUGCAUUCACAAUUGUAAAGUUGAAUAAUUAAUAAACAUAACAGUUUUAAGGUAUAAGGAAUUAAAUAUGUGGAAAGUAUGGGUUAAUUCCAAAACGUCAAAAUACAAAGCAUCAGUCUCUUUUAUUUCUAAAACGCACUAGAAGAAAACAUCUAACGACAGUCGGGUCUACGUAACCGGAACGACCCAGAUUUAUAUCUGGCCAAGGACUGUCACUCCAGCAACGCUCCCCAAAAUCUCUUUGGGGAAUUUAUGUGCUGUUACAACAACAAGAACAAAACAUAUAACUUGCGAAACCUAGUUGGAAACUAGCAUCAAACCGUGGUUGCGCACAUUUGACAUUACAAUCUACUGGGGUUUGGAAGUAAAAGAGACUGAUGCUUUGUAUUUUGACGUUUUGGAAAGCAGCCUAUGCCAGUUAAUUAUAAAACCAGUUUUUACACACUAAUGAAAUGCUUCCUGUACACCCGAUAUGGCAAGAGUAAUAAUUGUAAAUAACUGAAACAGUUUGGUAUUUAAUUUUGUUAUUCAUAUUUCCAAAUUUAUUGAUACAUUUUAUUUAUGUAAGUUGUAACUGGAACUUAUUAUUAAUACUAGAUUCUAUAUUCAUUAUUAGGUAAUUAACUAGUACUUCUUAGGAGUAAUAAUAAAUUCGUUUUUUCUUUGGUUGCAUGAUUCGCACAUGCGAAGUAAAAAUCAGCGUCCAAAUUAAAGACUAAUUUCAUUAAGUAUUUAAGAAAUUUUAUAUUACAAAUAUGUAUGUACAUAUUUAUUUAGUAUUGUUUAUAUCGGCAGAGAAUUCGUAAUAAAAAGAAACUGAACGAAGGAAA